AUGAGUGCACCAAGACGAAAAUUAACAACAGUUGGAAAAUCUCUAGCGGAGCUCUCAAAACAGCCUAUUCCCUAUCUUAAACCUGCUGUGAAAUCUCUGAGGUUAGAUCUGGCACCGAAGAAUGGACAUUGGGGCGCUAGACAUUUCUUAAAAGAAGACUUGCCCCGGAUAGCAUAUGCCAACCCUAGGGUCACAUACAAGGUUAACAAGUUUAGACAAUUAACGAAGGAAGCCCCAUGGAAGCCUUCAUUGCAACUCGAGUUUGCCGACGGGGCGACGCACGAGAUCGAAGUCGAUGGAAAACGAAGUGAAGAGAUUAUGAAAGAUCUUAUGAAGAUUGCGGGCGGACCCAAACCUACACCAUCUUCCCAUUGA